AUGACCAAGCACAAGUUCACAGACAUCAAAACAAAGUACACAACUGCAGAUAUUGUUAGGGACUUGAAACAUGAUCAUGAAGUGCAAGUCAAAUACAGCAAAGCUUGGAUGUCUAGAGAAAAAGCUAUUGAAAAAGUGAGAGGAAAAGCAGCUGAAUCUUAUGUAGAAUUGCCUAUUUAUUUGUAUAUGCUGCAUCACACAAAUGUAGGAUCAUAUAUUGAACUAAAAGCAGAUGAAGAUGGCAAUUGCCGAAAAUCUCGGUUAACAGUUUCAAUUAAAGGCUGGAACUAUUGCGUACCUGUUGUAAUAGUUGAUGGGAAUUUUUUAAAAUCAGUAUAUGGAUGGACAUUAUUGGUUGCAGCCACUCAAGAUGCAGAAGGUAGAAUCUUCCCCCUAGCAUUUUGUGUAGUUGAUUCAGAGAAUGAUGAUUCUUGGGAGUGGUUCUUUGAGAAUUUCAAGAAAGCUUAUGCUGUAAGAGAAUGCAUGAGCAUCGUAUCUGAUCGACAUGAAAGCAUCAUAAAAACAACCAACACAGUGUACCCAGAAGUACCACACGGGGCUUGCACCUUCCAUCUGCUAAAAAACAUGAAAAGCAAGUUCAAGAAGAACUCAAAAAAGUUCAAGGAUACAUUUUUCGCAGCUGGAAAUGCAUACACUGUCAAAAAGUUUGAGUACCACAUGAGAGAACUUGAUAGGAUUGACAACAGGAAGAUAGCAAAUGCAACCUCCACCAAGUUGACUGAGAAGCAUGAAGGGAUCUUGAAUGACAACUACAUCUACUUAUUGAAGUUGACGGUGCACCCAACAAAUCAUAUUUUGUACGAAGUUCGUGAUGAUGUCAAUAAAUCAAUAGUUGAUCUCAACUCAAGAACUUGCGCAUGCAACAGGUUUCAGAUGGAUCAACUUCCUUGUGCCCAUGCAAUUGCUAUUCUUAAAGAAAUGAAUCAUGACCCAUAUCAAUACUAUUCUCCAUAUUAUAGCAAGGAAUCCAUGGUUGCAACCUAUCAAGAAAUUGUUGCAUUUUGUUAUAUUGGGUAUGUGUUUGAUGUUGAAGGGAGUUGCAAUGACUUUGUAAUUGAGGUUGAAAUAGGUUGCAGUGGGUUUGCAUUUAAGAUAGCGAAAUUUUUUGCAUUAGGUUCAAAUAGGCUUGCAUUUGAGCAAGUACAAUAUUGCAUGGAGUUACAUUUGAAUAUGCAUUGGGUUGCAUUGGGGUAUGUUACACUUGCAUUAGUUUCAAUGAGCGUGUAUAUAAGGUUGCAGAUGGUUGCAUUGGGCUUGUAUGUAAGAUUCCAUUUGUAA